GAUUGAACAGCUCAGUCUACUUGACUUGAACCCUCCUCUUUUCAACUUCCCACCCGCCCUCGCACUCGGCCCGGUCAUGCAUGGAGGCCAUGGCAGUCGGUGGUACUAAUUUGCCUCCCGUCACCUUUCCCGCUGCGAAGAUCACCGUCGGUGCGUGGGCUUUAGAGGCUGUCGUCCCCUUUCUUUCCCCCCUAAACCUAUCCCGACUAAUCCUCCGAUCGACGAACUCCCCGUCCGCCCUUGCCUUUGUCCCGAUUAAAUAACCAACAGAACAGCAGCUCCAGUCGCCCGAGCAAGCUCCUUUCUGGCUUUUUAUCCGAAUUGGUCCAGUAUAUUGCCGUUCUCGCCGUUCUCGUCCUUCCUGUCCGCCGGCCGUCUGGAGCUCCCUGCCACCACCGAUCCGCUCUCGAUCUGAAUAACACCCGUGCCUCCCUCCGAUCCCUGUCGCCCUCCCUAGCAAGAAAAUGAGCAUCUUGCUGCCCUACCAACCGGCGGAUAAUACAGCGCAUUCGCUUUCGGCCACUACCAGCCCUUCGAAGACCAAUGACCUCCCCCGACUAUCUCCCUCCCCUUCCAUCCUCCACAGACGAUCCCCGAGUAGCUCAGGGAACUCGGCGCGCCGUCGCUCGCUGGGCAAUGGCUCGGCCGCUCUGUACCCCAAGUCCCAGCGGUGCAAGUCGCAGUACCCCCAGGACUCUUCCGAGCGCCAUGUCGAGUACAUCCUUGUGGCGUCCUUCCACAUUGACCGCGGCCCCAUAAUGGAGCACCAGUACCCGGCUGCGAUCAGUGGCGACGAGAGCAUGUUGGCGGAGCUGAUGCUUCCCGAUCAGACACACGUCCGGAGCCAGGACUGGACUAUCUUCUUCUUACACAAAGAUACGAGCACCGAUGAGAAUGAUGACGAUUCAAGUACCGGCAAGAAGAAGAAAAAGAAGUCCCGGGCAGAGGGUGUGGGGACCGGAGAUAGUGACAGCGAGGAUGCGGACGGGUCGGCCGAGGAGGAGAGUGACGACGAGGAAGAGGGCGGCGAGGGGCCACCCUUGAUGUAUGUGCUCAACCUGGUGAAUACAAAGCAAGAUAAUACAGUGAAGCGAGGUGCGGUGGUCAAGGCCAUGGCGAUUUGUACACGACAUUCUUUCCUUCAUAUAUAUAAACCUUUACUUCUUCUUGCCCUGGAAGACUAUUUCAAGAAUCCCUACCCCGAAACCCUAGCGACACUCUACAACUCCCUCAACGCCAUGGAUCUAUCAUUACUACCAAAACUGUCUCUCCUGGAACGGCUGAUUCUACAGGCGAGCAACAGCAAAGAUAUAUUCAUUGAGAAGUUUGAGCAGAUGAUCCGGCAGCGACAAAUCGAAGCAGGCGAGCCCUUCGAUGAUGAGUGCCCGCCAUCACCCAAGAGAGCCGCCCCCCCUCGAUACACAUUACCCCGCGACACUCACGAGUUCGAGUCAAAGAUUGUCUACAAUGAUAUUCCCAUCCCGGUGAAGGUACCGACUGUAAUCUGGCCAGAAAUAGUGGGCGACUUUUCCCUUAUUAAACUCAUCCAAAUAUUCUCCGCACCGCAUUCGACCUCCCCGCAGCCCUUCCCUAUCCAUUCUCAUCUCACCACCAGCGGGCCUUUUACCCAUCCGAUAAUUAUACUUAUCAACGCGAUGUUAACCCAAAAGCGCGUGAUCUUCCUGGGUCACAACCGUCCGUCAGGGGAAGUGGCGGAGGCGGUGUUGGCGGCUUGUGCACUUGCGUCAGGUGGUAUUCUGCGCGGUUUUACAAGACAUGCUUUUCCUUACACCGAUCUGACGAAGAUCGAUGAUCUCCUCCGGGUGCCGGGAUUUAUUGCCGGAGUGACCAAUCCCACAUUUGCCAACCAUCCAGAGUGGUGGGACGUUCUCUGCGACCUACCCACAGGUCGGAUAAAGAUCAGCAGCCAUAUUGAGCCCGCGCCUGUUACCGAAGGGCUCUUGUAUUUCCAGCAGCAAGCUUCCCUGCACCACCACCACAUGUCGAAUGCCAACACCGACCCUAGCGGGGAUAAUAUAUUCAUGGAAGAGGUGCAGCGCAGCAUCACCAACCGGUACGGUGAAAAUGCCAUUCGCGCCAAGUGGCGUGCCUAUAUCACCAAAUUCACCCGGGUGGCUGCCGCCUUUGAAGAGACCGUCUACGGGGCGUCGAACCUAUAUGUGAUAGGUCCCAACGAAGAACUAUCUCCGGAAAGUCCGAGUGGUCUCCAGGCGGAUCCCCUCGAUCCCACAACGCUCCGAGGACACGGCUACGUAUGGCCGGACGAGGGGGCUAAACAGCGCGAGCUGCUGGCGUCGGUGUCGAGGAUCGAGGGCUGGCGGACAACGCGGUCGUAUUAUUCGUUCAUCCAGGACAUCGCGGCGAUGUACUACCCGUCACGGCCGAUCCAAAAGCCCGACCUGCACCACCACCACGACCGGCUUCGGGCAUUGAGGCUCCCCCCAGCGGAAGCGGGGGCCAUCUAUAUCUCAUUCGCACACGCGGUUAAAGAUUAUGCUGGCAUCUGCCAGCUCUUGACCGUAACGCCGGAGAACCAAGCGGGGCUCUUCUACAUCAGCAUGGGAUUAUUCCACCCACACCAGCCGGUCCGCGAGGCGACAGUGGAGCUCCUAGACCGAAUCGCCGCGCACCCGGCGGGCCGCCACUUCUGGGCGCAGCUCAAUCGAUUCGCGAAGCUGGCGUUCUUCCGCACCAAGCGCGAGAAAGACGGGUCGCCGCAGAGCCCGGCGCUCGGGAUGGGGCCAGAAUCUUUCGGGCCGCAAAGCUUGGUGGGCGUGGCCCUCGGCGACGGUUUCCGAAAGAGCUGAUGCACACAUGUCUACCUCUCUUCCUUAUCCUUACUCACGAACGAUACCCUGUAUCAUCCACUCCCAUAACGACUGUGACAUGCUGACAACAUUGUUUCUACCAUCUCUUUUGCAUCUGUUUGAUAUUUACAUUUGCCCCACGGGGCUGGAUAUACCUCACAUGUUCUGUUUGUAGGCUGGAUAUAGUACCUUCUGCACAACGAAACGCAGCAUAUGGGUCUGACAAGCCACGCCUUCCUUUUUUUUUUAUCAUUCUUGUUUAUAUUGCCGACUUAGACGUCUGCUGGCGCUCUGGCAUGGCAGUGGAAAUGCCAGUUAGAUUGGAUGAGUCAAAGUGCGCUAUAUUAAUAUGCAG